GUGAGUCUUAGAUUGAGUCAGUAGGUCUGUCAGUCACGGGUUGACGUCUACGUGGUGAGGUUUGGAACCACUAACCCGGUUGUACACUUAUCACCAUGGUUGAGACCCGUAGUGGGAAGGAGACUAGCCCCUACACCACGGAGCAGCAAGAAAAGAUGGCCGCCUUAGUCAGAGAGAAUAAGGAGAGGAAAGAGCGUGAAAAGCAAGCCAAGCUAAAAGCUAUCGCAGACGAGCAGGCGGCGAAGAUGAAGAGAUUGGAGGAGGAGAUGAAGAGGGUACAACAGGARGAGGAAGAAAGAAGGAAGGCUGCUGAAGCAGAAGCGGCAGCAGAAGAAGAGAAAGAGAGGAUGAGAAUUGAGAGUGGGGAAGGAAGUAGUGGUGGCACAAUGAAGUGGGAGACAGAUACUGAGCUGGAGAAGAAGAUCAGCGAGUGGGUCGCUAAUUUAUCGUUGGGGAAAGACGAGGAGGCGGAGUCCUAUGUGACUAAGGAUGAGAAGGCUGCGCUGGCCGCUGAGCUAGCGGCCAUGACAGACCCAAUGGAACGAAGAGAGAGGGAAGACGAGCAAAAGUUAGCAUGGAAGUUGAGAAUGAAGAGGGAGAAGAAGAGGAGGAGAGAGGAAGUGAAUAAGAUGACCGCCGCAGUGGCAAAGGUGCAGGAGUGUAGAGCAGAGGUGCUGGCCCAGCCAGAUGAUAAGGCCAAGUGGGACAAAGUAUUGGGCUAUCUAGAGGUGUUGAGCAAGGCCUGGAUGGAGGAGCGCCAGGCAAGCUGGAGCCAGGAUGUAGCGUUGAGUGCCAUGCGGUCCGGUUUCAGGGAUUUUGCGCGCGAAACCGUCACCCAUAUUGGGGGCGAAGUCAAGCAAUUGAGAGACAACGUAGGGAAGUUUUGUGAGGGCGCCAUUCAGGGUGCCAAAGCUGCAGCUGUUGUAGAAGGAGAGGCCAGACCCCGUAAGGACCCAGUGAAACUUAAGUUCCCAGACGCGUACGGGGSGAAGAAGGACGAGAACUUUGACAACUGGGAGGCCAGUGUCAAUAGUUACAUUUAUUUACAGCAUAUCCUGAUGGAGGAGCAAGUCCUCGUGGCCUUCCAGGCCCUGAAGGACGAAGCGGCUAGCUUCGCCAGGUCUCUUGCUCAUACAGCCGGUUGUGAAAACAACCUGGUUGCAUAUUCCAAAGUCACUCCUCUUUCCCAAUUCCUCAAGCUCCUCAAGGAGCGUUUCGCUGACCCAACGAGAGGCAUAAGAGCCUCUGACAAGCUUCAAAUGAUCCACUCACGGCAGUGGAGGAGUGCCAAGGCACUCAAGGGUACCAUGGACGACUUGGUAGCCGUCCCGGACCAUGGGGUCACUGAGCCCCAGUUGGUCCAGUUGUUUUAUCGUGCCAUCCCAGAGGCCCUACGACUACAUUUCUUUGACAAGUCUCAACAGGCCGACAUCACAUACGAUCAAUUGAGUAGGGAGGUCGUCCUGUAUGAGUCAAAGUCUAUGCCAGUUACCACUUUCUGGCAUAAGGACCUGGAGAAGGGGAA